AUGUCCUUCGCCGUGAUAAAAGAUAUAGACCACCUCGUCCUGACCUGCCACGAUGUCCAAGCCACCAUAGACUGGUACACCAAAUACCUCGGCAUGAAAUCCUCCACCUUCGGCCCCGAAUCGCAUCCCCGAUAUGCAUUGAAUUUCGGCACGCACAAAAUCAACCUCCAUCAGCGCGGUGCCGAGUUUGAGCCUAAAGCUAGGACUGCUCUGCCUGGGACCGCUGAUUUGUGCUUCAUUGUGGAAGAUGGGACGGAUUUGGAGGGUUUGAAAAACAAGUUGGAAGAGGAGGGGAUAAAAGUGCUGGAAGGUGGUGGAGUUGUGGAUAGGACUGGGGCGCUGGGGAAAAUUAGGAGUAUUUAUGUGAGGGAUCCGGAUGGGAACUUGAUUGAGCUGUCUUACUACCCGUCUUGA